UCAAAAGCUUAAUCCUUUUUGUUCAGCAUAUAAUGGCGAUUUCUCCAAGUGCUACCUUAACAUCUCAAUUCCUCAAUUGUCACAGACCAAAUGACCAUAAAUGCCCUUCCUCUUCUUCACUCUCUUUCAGUAAAUCAAACUCAAGUACCCUACUUAUUGGUCCUUCAAGUGUAUCAUCACGAAAUGGACAGAAAGCUAGGAGAUCUUUCCAUGUUCAUGGCUUGUUUGGUGGCAAAAAGGAUAAUAACGGUGAUGAUAAUUCCUCAAAGGCUGGAGUACUUGGAAACAUGCAAAAUCUGUAUGAAACUGUAAAGAAGGCACAAAUGGUUGUUCAAGUCGAGGCAGUACGUGUGCAGAAAGAACUUGCAGCUGCAGAGUUUGAUGGCUAUUGUGAAGGUGAACUUAUAAAGGCAACACUUUCUGGUAACCAACAGCCAGUGCGCAUUGAAAUAACUGACGCUGCAAUGGACAUGGGAUCUGAUAAACUCUCACUUCUAGUAACAGAGGCGUACAGGGACGCGCAUCAGAAAAGUGUAGUGGCAAUGAAGGAGAGAAUGAACAAUCUUGCUCAGAGCUUAGGGAUGCCAGCAGGAUUAGAAGGAAUGAAGUAAUUUAGAUAACCAGAAAAUAAGCUCCAAUUUUGUUUAUAAAGAGCAGCACUUUUAAUUAUUUGAGUUGCCAACUUAGAUUUUUCCUUUUGUGCAAACACAGUGAAGCAAUAUAUAAGUCCUCAUCCAAAUAUUUGCUA